GCCCAGGUAGGAGAGGCUUGUGGCACAUCAGCUGCACCACUGGAACUGGCAGCUGCGGGAGCUCUGGAGUCCCACAGAGCGUGGGUCUGCCUGCAGCUUCCACUGGACCACUGUCCUUGCAGCAGAGGGUAGGGGGAGAGAGACUCAGGGUUGCAGAACUUGGAAGUAAGAGAGCAGCGCAUAGCCUCUCCAGGACAGGGGUGCCAGACACCAAGGAUUUUGCAUUUGACUCUACAAAGUGUACCGAAUUGAUUGAGGCAAAGGCUCCAUUUCAAGAACUCUGAACUUGGGGAUGAUACAUACUUCUUAAGAAUCCAAGCUUCUCUGCCACCCCUCCAGACUGGGAAGACACUUCCAUCUUAAGGGUCCUUCAUUUUGAGAAGAGGGCAUCCAGGACGCUAAGGCUCUCCCCAACCCAUGGCACUACCUGGCUCCUCACAGGCUGCCUGGAGCCUGGAGCCUCCAGCUCCCACAGCUACCUCCUCGUCUUCAGGACUUCAGGUACAGGAUGGUGCCAGGAGCCCUGUGGCACCACAGGGGCUUCCCCUGGAGAAGGUGAAGCGACCCAUGAACGCGUUCAUGGUAUGGAGCUCCGCUCAGCGCCGCCAGAUGGCGCAGCAGAACCCAAAGAUGCACAACUCCGAGAUUUCGAAGCGCCUGGGUGCUCAGUGGAAGAUGCUGGGUGAGGAGGAGAAGCGGCCCUUUGUGGAGGAGGCCAAGCGGCUGCGCGCCCGGCACCUGCGCGACUAUCCCGACUACAAGUACCGGCCCCGGCGCAAGACCAAGAGCUCGGGCGCUGGCCCUCCGCACUUCAGCCAGGGAGGAAGCGGUGUGGUCUGCAGGGGACCGCACUGGGGGCCAGGGUACACAACCACCCAAGGGAGCAGAGGAUUUGGGUACCAGCCUCCAAACUACUCCACAACCUACUUGCCUGGAAGCUAUGGCUCUAACCACUGUAGACUGGAGGCUCCCUCAUCGUGCUCCCUCCCUCAGAGUGACCCUGGGCUCCAGGGGGAGCUGCUACCUCCUCAUGCCCCAUACCUACCCUCAGGCUCCUCUACUCCUUACAACACUCCCCUGGCUGGUGUCCCCAUGCCCCUAACCCACCUUUAACUCCAUGUACGUGGACCUCCACCUCCCAGGAGGGCCACAUCCUCCUUUCCCACCAGAACCACCCCCACAGCCCCAGGUUGCAAACCCUUUCCUGUGUGGUACAACAGUUCAGAAGCCUACAACCCUCCCAGGAAAGCCAGGGUGAGCAAAACCACACUAAACCCAGUUUGUAUUAUCAAACCAUGUCUGUUGAGUCUUUAUUGUUCCAUGUCUUCUCCCCUCCUGCCCUCCCCAACUGCAAAAGGAACCAGUGCCAUAUCCACUCCCUUCUGCCUAGGCCUGCCAGGACAGGAACCAUCUCACCCCACCCUGGAAGCCUUACCUGAGUCAUUCUGUCCCCCCUUCCCCCAACUCCA